AUGCCGGCUCCAUCUGUGCGCGUGGUUGUCAGAAUACCUACUCCUCGACCAGACCAACCAAUCCCGGAUCCUCCUCGAAUAGAAUGGACUCCGGAAAAGGCAGACAUACUCUGGAAAGUCAUUGAACUAUCACGAUCCAGUGAUAAUGGCGGUACUGACUGGAAGGGCUUGGCUGCUCAUCUCGAAGUACCAUUGCCAUACCUUUUGUAUAGGGUGCACACGCGUUUUGAGGAGGACCUACGUGGCUUAAAGGACAUCGGCGAAGUUUUGAGUCCUUCAAGUACUCAGCCACCUGGCCAUGAGGAAAUGUUCCCUUCAACUGAGCGACCAUCCAUAGCUACACGAAUGACCAGCAGGAUGUCAGGUAGUGGGAGGCGAACAUCUACUCGGCUCACGACCCCCCUUGCCGUCCGUGCACGGCUACACUCCCUUGGUCACGCAUCCCAGCCGAAGAAAGCUACGUCUUCAUCUACACUGACGUUACAAGCCCCGAGGAAGGGCCAACGACCAUCUUCAACUUCGGAUUCGUCAGAGGAGACUGACUCAGAUGAAGAAGCUGCACAAAAGGAAGACGAGACUUUGCGGGGUAUAGAAGAGGAAGAAGCUCUGGCUCGCAAACUCCAGGACCUCCAGACCAUGAUCAACAACGAUGCCUUGGGUCUCGUUAGCUCCCCGCGGCCUAAACAAAAUAAAGGAAAAGAGACAGGCCGCGGUCGGCUUGGUUUAACCCCUUCAUCAUCAGUAAACAGUAGUUUGCGAGGGGACACAUUGAGCAGUCGAAGUACAAGCCAAAGCUUGUCCAGCACAAAUUCUCCCCAGGGAUCUAUUCCCGACAUUCCAUCCCCUCCUCCUGACUCUCAGCUAAAUUCGCCCCUCAGCAGACACAUGUCGGCGCCCAAAUCAUCCAGCCCACCUGCUGUCUCCCCUCGAAGUGCGAUUGGUCAGUCACACCGACACUAUGGCCUAAUCGACCGAGCUGUGAGUGAGCAAGGUAGCAGCGUAGGCUCAGAGGCAUCCAGUUUUAGUGAUAUUAGUGGUGAGCCCACCGACCCCUCAUUAAGAAUAAUCUUAUGCUCCAUUCAGACGCAAGCCUCUCCGCCUCAGCGUUAG